UCUUUUGGUAUAUUUUGGUACACUAUCAGAUCAGCUGAUUCAGUUGGUUUGUGUACAACACAUUAGAUUUGGUGUAACAGAUUCUGGUAUUAAUUGAAUGACAAACUAAGUUUCGAUUUUGUAAAAUCCACGCCAGUUCGUUCAUAAUGUUCAGGUUUAAAGUUGCUCCAAGCAUCAAAGGACUAUUGUCUAAUGAAUGUAGCACCAUGACUGCCGGCAGUUUGAACAUCUUUAGGUACUUGAAUGGGAAUCGGGCUAUCAUCUCAAGGGUGAAACGCAAAGAGUUUUGUCGCUUUUAUGAAACCAAUUUGGUCGAUUUGGAUGGUUCUGUCAUUAAAUGCAGAUAUCCCGAACCAAGAUAUGUUAUUAAAUUUCCAGUUAUUUUUGAAGAGCUUAAGACAGAAGAGGAAAAGAAAGUUUGGUUAUCCAGGAGGAAACCCAAAGAAACGUUUAACCGCUCAAAGGAUGAUUUUGAUGUUAAAAUCGAUAGAAAGAUUUAUUUGAAACACUUGAAGAAAAAAUAGAUAACAAGGUGUACAAGUACUAACCAUCCAUAGGAAACUCUUUAGCAAACCGUCAUUUGAACCAAUUUUUGUUAAGUUAUUUAUAGCUAGUUGUCAACCAUUAAACUAUUAUAUUUCGUUAUUUAGAAUCAAUGCAAAUUAUGAUGUAUUAAAAUAUUUAACAUGUUAGUUGCAAUAUCAGUUCACAGGAUAAUUUUUCUAUGUUUACUAACCUUUGCAUAUGAAUCGAGAAAAUCAA